GAGCCCAGUAGGUGGAUGAGUGACUGGCGAUCAGGGGCUUCGGCUAAUCGCGAACGGGAAUGUCGAGCGAGAUGAAUGUGAGGAGGCGUAAGAAUGCCACGGGCAAGACUGCAGGGCGGGAGCCGGCACAGCCUCGCAAGGACAAUGUCAGUCUCAUGUGCAGAGUUUUGGGAUUUGACUGGUCCGACUUGUCCAGUUGGCACCGCUUUGUUUGUCUCAUGAACCGACCCACUGACCCGGCCGGACUGGGAAUAUUCCGCUUUCUGUUCGGUCUGCUGAUGGUUCUGGACAUUCCCCAGGAGAGAGGCAUGAGUUACCUGGACUAUAAGUAUCUGGAUGGACUGGACGUGUGCAGGUUCCCUCUCUUUAACUCCCUGCGCCCCCUGCCCCUGGACUUCAUGUAUUUGGUCUAUGUGAUCAUGCUGCUGGGUGCACUUGGAAUCAUGCUUGGUUGUUUUUAUCGCCUCAGCUGUCUCUUCUUUCUCCUACCAUACUGGUAUGUUUUCUUUCUGGACAAGACCUCGUGGAACAACCACUCUUACCUCUAUGGUCUCAUAGGUUUCCAGCUGUGCCUGCUAAAUGCCAACCGCUACUGGUCUAUUGAUGGCUUACUGAACCCCCGCAAGCGCAAUGCACAUGUUCCACUUUGGAAUUACACUACUCUUCGGGUUCAGAUCUUCAUUGUUUAUUUUAUUGCGGGUAUAAAGAAACUGGACGCUGACUGGGUGGAAGGUUAUUCAAUGGGAACUCUCUCUCGUCAUUGGUUGUUUGAUCCUUUCAAGCUCUUUCUAUCAGAGGAGAUGACCAAUCUUGUGGUUGUGCACUGGGCAGGCCUUAUAUUGGACUUGACCGCUGGCUACUUGCUGUUCUUUGAUGUGACUCGUCCUGUGGCUUUGUUUUUUGUCAGUUAUUUUCACUGCAUGAAUUCCCAGCUCUUCAGCAUAGGCAUGUUCUCAUACACCAUGCUGGCAACCAGCCCUCUUUUCUGCUACCCUGAUUGGCCCAGAAGGCUGAUUGCUAAACUUCCCCGCUGCCUGCAGUAUGUCCUGCCACAGACACAGCCCCCGCAGGAGAGUAUGGAAUGUGUGUACACUGGACGGAAGGGAAAGACCGCUUCCCAGCCUGGAUUGUGGCACAAGCUUGGAGCAGCCUUUACUGUGCUUUACAUUAUAGAGCAGCUCUUCUUGCCUUACUCCCAUUUUAUCACUCAGGGCUACAAUAAUUGGACAAAUGGACUAUACGGAUAUUCGUGGGAUAUGAUGGUUCACUCACGGUCACACCAGCAUGUUAAAAUCACCUACAGAGAUGGAAUCACUGGGGAAAUUGGAUACCUUAACCCUGGGGUAUUCACACAGACGAGGCGCUGGAAAGAUCAUGCGGACAUGCUGAAGCAGUAUGCGGUCUGCCUGCAAGGUCUGCUGGGCGCAUACAACAUCUCACAACCAGAGAUCUACUUCGAUGUGUGGGUGUCUAUCAACGACCGCUUCCAGCAGAGGCUGUUUGAUCCUACUGUGGACAUUGUAAAAGCUGAGUGGUCUCCAUUCCAUAAGACUCCCUGGCUGAAGCCGCUGCUGGUUGAUCUUUCACCUUGGAGGGCAAAGUUUCAGGAGGUGGAGGAUUCUCUGGAUAAUCAGACGGAUGUAGUGUUCAUUGCAGAUUUCCCAGGCUUAUUUUUGGAGAACUUCGUAAGUGAGGAUCUGGGUAAUACAAGCCUACAUAUCCUUCAGGGUGAGGUUAAUGUGGAAAUAGUAAAGGAGGAGAGGAACGUCACUUUAAGAGAGGGAGACCACAUGCAGUUGCCAGCUGGUGAAUAUCAUAAAGUAUUCACAGUGUCUCCAGGCCCUUCCUGUUACAUGUACAUCUAUGUAAAUACUACGGCCGUGACCCUGGAGAAAAAUUUUACACGGCUACUAGAACUGAAGGAGAGGGCUGAAAAUGGAAGUGAAACUUUCCAGCUUCCUCCUGAACUCCAGCCCAUUAUCUCGGGUACAGUGGAGGACGUCCAUAACACAGACCCGCUUGUUCUUGCCUACCUGCGCAGGCAGAAGAGGCUGGAGCUGUCAGAAAGGAGACGAAACGCAACUUUAUUGCAGAGGGUUGAUCGUUUCUGCGGUAAAAAAUACUACUUGCUACGUCGAAGCUUCCUAAUGACAGCAAUUGCAAUGAGGAACUUGGCAUUAGGUCGUCCAUCACUGGAACAGCUGGCAGAGGAAGUCUCAUUUGCAAAUGUAAAGUAUGAAGACCCUUUCAUGAAAAGUGAAAAGCAGCAGGACAGCCUACAUCACGAACCAGAGCACAUAGAAUUGUGAUCAUCACCAAGUCAGGAAAUGGAUGAUAUAUAAUAAUCACACAGGAACCAAAGUAUUGGACAGCUAUAUUAAGGGAUACAGAGAUGCUAUUAAGACAAGUGCCUAUCUUUCUACUGCACAGCCCAACACAGGUAUCCAGCAAACAAACACAUUCCAGUGUUAGCAUUUUUUUUGCAAUUAUGCUGAGCAGUGCAAUCUAUUACGACUUCCCUUUUUUACCAGCUGUGCAUAAAUACACCUGUUAAGACUGAAAAGAAUUAGCUCAAUUGUGUGAGCAUUUUGUGGAAGAAAAAAAAAAAUCUUGCAGUCAACAGGUGCUUAUAAGUGCAAGGGGUUAGCUGGUUAAGUCGUGAACAAUAUAAACUAACUUUUGCAAAGUAACUCAUGACUAAUGUUUGUACCGAGUGAAUAAAUGUAUUUGAGAAA